CUCCCCACUCUUCUCUUCUCUCCCCACCACUCGACGAGAUGGCGCGCAAGAGGAACGAUGAGAAAAGCGCGGAAGAGGAAGGAGGAGGAAGGAAAAUGAGAUUUAUCUCUUACGCUAGACGCGCGCAAUGCGCACGCGCGGAAGUGUGAUCCCGUAGUAGUACCAUUUGAAUUUUGGACUCGUCCGGGAUCGUAGCAACUUGAUCGAAGUGAAAAUAUCAGUUCCGUAAAAAUUGAUAUUUUAAUUCAAUUAUUUCGUAUCCUGGGGAGAAUUAUGAAUCUUCACCAAGAAAAACGUUAGUUUUGCGCAGACGUGUAAUGUCUGAUAGAGCAUACACAAUGAAGCUGGAAGCUGAAAUGGCUGCUCCUUUGCAUCUGCAAAGAUUAGAACGCAGUCUCAAUGUGCAACCCUUCUUAAGACAAAUUAAUGAUCUUUUUCAAGAACAAGUUAGUGAAGAUGACAAGUCUGUCUCCUCAGAAUCUUCUGAUGGUUCGGAUGCUUAUCUAGAUAAUGUACUCACUCAAAAAGAAGAAGUAAGGAUCAAUAAGCUGAGAUUGUACAACAUGUCUAGUGUGGGAGAAGAACGUCGUUGGUUACAAGAUAUUUUGUUAAGUGAUUCCUCUGACAGUUCUGCAUCAGGCUCUGACACAGAUAGCCAAAUCACAGAAGAUGAUUUUCAAGAGAUGCUAAAAUUCCAUAUAUUACGGAAAAAAUAUCAAGGCCGUUUUUAUCAGAAACCAGAAAAUAUACAAUAUCAAUACUACAGUGCGGGCUUAUUAUCCAAUUACGAUAGAUUUUUAGAACAUCAAAAGUUGAUUGUAGGAAAUAAAAAGAAGAAAGAGAAAAAACCGGACAAAAAAAUCAUGAGAAUCAAGAAAGAAAAAAUUAAUCGUCAUUGUGCAUCUGAAGAAUAUCGUAAAGGAAAUUUUCCAGAGGGAGAAUGGGGUAAAUCAAUUCCCAAGGAAGAAGAAUUAGAUGAAUCUGAAUUAGAAGCUAUAAUGCGUCAUCAACCUCGUGGUAGAGGAAGAAAGAAACAUAACACUAAGAGUGUGGAAGUAAUGACAAUGAGAAGAAGAAAGAUAUGGGUCAUGAUGUCUAAGAAAGAAUUAGGAAAAGUACAAAGGGCCAAAACCAAUAAUCAUAAGGAAAUGCUAAUAAGUUGUAAAAAGGUAGCACAGCAUUGUAUGAAAUAUUGGAGGCAGAAAGCUAUGCAGUCUCAGAAAAAUAUGAAAGAAACUAUCUGGAGAGCAAAACGAUUGACAAGGGAAAUGCAAUCUUAUUGGAAACGUUAUGAUCGAGUCGAACGAGAAACGAGGAGAAGAUUAGAAAAAGAAGCUGAAGAGCAACGUAAAAUGGAUGUAGAACUUAUUGAAGCAAAGCGCCAACAAAGAAAAUUAAAUUUUCUUAUUACUCAAACAGAACUGUAUGCUCAUUUCAUGUCGCGAAAAAUAAAUAAAAUAUCGGCAGAAGAACAAUUGAGAAUCUUGAAUCAAUUAGACGAAGAAAAAAAUCCCAGACUUAUUGGCAUUGAUGAUUAUGACAGUGAAAUUAUGAAACAAAAGGCAAAGAGAAAUGCUACUGAGGCAUUUAAUAACGAAAAAGCAAGGACGAAACAGUUUGAUACAGCUGCUGCCUCUCAAGAAUUACGUCUUAGCGAUACACCUGAGAAUCUGGAGCACCCUCAACCUUCAAUUUUCAAGGGAAAUCUGAAGGGUUAUCAAUUAAAAGGAAUGAAUUGGUUGGCAAAUUUAUACGACCAGGGUAUUAGCGGUAUACUAGCUGAUGAGAUGGGUUUGGGAAAAACUGUACAGUCCAUAGCAUUUCUGUGUCAUGUUGCUGAGAAAUAUUCUGUUUGGGGACCAUUUUUAAUUAUAUCACCAGCUUCAACAUUACAUAACUGGCAGCAGGAAAUGGCAAGAUUUGUACCGGUAUUCAAGGUAGUUCCAUAUUGGGGUAAUCCUCAGGAACGCAAAAUACUAAGACAGUUUUGGGACACUAAAGAUUUGCAUACGAAAGAAGCUUCUUUCCAUGUAGUAAUAACAAGUUAUCAAUUAGUGAUUACGGAUUAUAAAUAUUUUAAUAGAAUAAAAUGGCAGUACAUGAUUUUGGAUGAAGCACAAGCUAUAAAAAGCACAAGCAGCAUGAGAUGGAAGUUGUUGUUAGGAUUCAGUUGUCGUAAUAGAUUAUUGCUCAGUGGUACUCCUAUACAAAAUAGCAUGGCAGAAUUAUGGGCAUUAUUACACUUUAUCAUGCCUACAUUGUUUGAUUCACACGAUGAAUUUAACGAGUGGUUCUCCAAAGAUAUUGAAAGUCAUGCAGAAAAUAAAACAGGAAUAGAUGAGAAACACUUAUCAAGGCUUCAUAUGAUUUUGAAACCAUUCAUGUUACGGAGAAUAAAAAAGGAUGUGGAGAACGAGUUAUCAGAUAAGAUUGAAGUAAUGGUAUAUUGUCCACUUACGACUCGUCAAAAAUUACUUUACUCAGCGUUGAAAAAAAAGAUUCGGAUAGAGGAUUUACUGCAUUACACAGUAGGUGGAGGAGAUACUGCUUCUAAUGAUAAAAACUUCACUUCCAAUCUGAUGAAUCUAGUCAUGCAGUUCCGAAAGGUCUGUAAUCAUCCGGAACUCUUUGAACGUAGAGAUGCUAGAUCGCCGCUUUUCAUGAAUACAGAAUUUUAUAAUAUGCCUGCCUUGCUGUAUAACGAAGGACUUUUGCAUCUAGCAUUGCCAUCCAAAGAUCAUUUGUUGUAUAACAAAUUGUUUAUAUUUGCCGCAGAAUAUAUUCACUGUGCUCUACAUCGCAAUGAAAAUUUGUGCGAAAAUACAUUUUCAUUUAGCAGAUUUAUCAAUUUAUCUCCAAUGGAAAUAAACAAAAUGUUUAUUGCUGGUACUUUAUUUAGAUUAUGUCUUGUAACAUUCAUGGAGCGAAGAUUGAAAAUGGUACAAUACUGGGAAGAUUGGUGCGUCGGUCACAGAUCGAGAACACCCACAAAUCAAAUGUUUUAUUUGCCUAGAAAAAUUGACUCUUUAUCGGUGACGUUGCAAGAUAUAUUUUUUACAAGAAAGAUAAUUGAGGGCGAAGCUUUCUACACACAUACCACCCAUACGAUACAUUCAAUGCCGGAAACGGUUGCUCACAGAAUACUACGUAGUAGUAAGAAAGCCAAUCAACUACCAAAGUUACAAAGGAUACUUCCCAUUGGCAAAACGGAACAAAUGGAAGAUUCGAAAUUAUCUCUGUUACCUGAACAUCCUCAUCACCCACGGCAGCCUAUAAUGCGGUAUUGCCAACAGACAACGAUUCCUGCUUUCGUUUGCGAUAAUAAUCCCAAGGUUCAAGCUAGUCCACGAAAAUUAUACGUAAGCAAUAGUUCUGCAGCAUGCGCCUGGAAGAGGCAUGAAGAAUGCGGUGGUCCAUUUGGUCAAAGAUUACUUUGGCUUGGAUGCGAACGAGCACUUUUUGAAGAAAAGUCAUGUAUUCGCGCCGGCCAAACAAUGUCAACGUUUUGCUAUCAGUCGCAAGGUGGAUUAUCCGCAUGCGCUCCUCUUAAUGGAUGGUCACAUAUCAUUGUGCCAGAUAAGCAAACAUUAGUGACAGAUGCUGGCAAGCUUUCUGUGUUGGAUAGUCUUUUACGACGUUUGAAGGAACAAGGUCAUAGAGUGCUGAUAUACUCUCAAAUGACGAAGAUGAUCGACUUGCUUGAAGAAUACAUGUAUCACAGAAAGCAUACGUUUAUGAGGUUAGAUGGUUCCUCGAAAAUCUCGGAUCGACGGGACAUGGUAGCAGAUUUUCAAAAGAGAGCGGACAUAUUCGUCUUUCUGCUCAGCACUAGAGCUGGCGGCCUGGGAAUCAACCUCACCGCGGCAGACACGGUGAUAUUUUAUGAUAGUGAUUGGAAUCCCACUGUAGACCAACAGGCUAUGGAUCGCGCCCACAGACUGGGGCAAACCAAGCAAGUCACGGUCUACCGAUUAAUAUGUAAAGGAACUAUCGAGGAACGAAUUCUGCAGAGAGCGCGCGAGAAGAGUGAGAUACAACGUAUGGUCAUAAGUGGCGGAAACUUCAAACCUGAUACUCUGAAACCUAAAGAAGUCGUGUCACUGCUAUUGGAUGAUGAAGAAAUCGAAGCGAGAUACAGCCAACGAAGCGAGGAGAGAAAGCAGCAGCGAGUAGAGGAGGUUUGCCUCGAGUCGAACUCACAGCAUAAGGAGAGGGACCGGAAGAGGAAGUUAACCGCGCUUCCGGUCAAGAACGAUGCGAAGAAACCGUGUCAUGCAGACGCUAAUAGCGACAAAAACAACGAUACCGUUCAAGUUAAUCUUAAUGAGCCUAAGCCGGGCGCGAAUUCGAUUCAGUUGCAGCACCAGAACGAUCACCAUCAACAGCAGUUAGAAAAUGUAGAUAAUUAUAGCACGCCGACAAGUCCGGCCAAAUCAGAGGAUGAAACGAGCAACGAAGGACUCGUGGUCGACGUGGACGGCCCGGUAGCAGUUUCCGGCGGCGACCACCCACAUGGACAUUCCCGAGGUAGUUUUCACCAGUUCGGGGAAUCUUCGACCAAGGUUGCUCGACUCGGACAUCACUUCGCCUUCGGCAUGGGCGCGAGCGCGCGUAUGCGACAAUCCGUACGCGGCGCGAGCAAACGCGGCCGACCACGAGGUUCACGUAGGGGCGGACCGAUCGGCGGUAAGGGAAGAGGAAUGCUUCUGAUGCAUCCGUCGUCGAAGAGCUCUAAUGCAGCGACCAGCGAAUCGCUGUCGACCAUAUCGCCGAUCGAUGGGGGUGGAACCUCGAACGAGCAGACGUUGCAGCACGGCCGAACAGGACUGGAUAGGGGAGACAAAAUAUAUGGCAGCAUAGAUAGUUCGGCUCACAACACACGGGUGAGAUACGGUAGGAUAAUGCGGCAGGAUAGGGCGAGUCAUGGAUAUAGCAAGCUGGACCGUCGACAUUCCGCGGAUCUUCCCCGUUCCAACAGUCUCGAAAAUUUUAUCUUUGCUCUCACAAGCAGGCUCCGUUUUUUCUCUCGGACUGUCCACGCGACCUCCGACUCUGCCGAGGGAGACGGUCCCAGCACGGUGGGUCCAUUGGGUCCGGUGGGGACUCUGAUACCGCUGUCCGGACGCGGCGGCGUCGCGGGGAUUCGUCGGGGUCCCGGCAGACCCCGAUUGCGGCCGACCGGGCCUGGGCAUCAGGGCUACCGCGCUACCGGUCAACAUCACGGUAAGAAGAUCCAGCGACCGCUACCAGUACCCAUCAGAUCUCAUCAAACGAUCGGGCAGCAGAAAGCGUCGUCGUCGCAACAGCGUUCUCGUGUCUCGACGUCCGGUCCGUCGUCGUCGUCGUCGUCCUCGGUCGCCGUCGCGGCCGCGAAUUCGACGCCGCUGCUAUCGUCGUCGUCCUUAGCGGAAUCGCGACCGUUCGGUUUCUACACGCAGCAGCAACCGCGUGCAGGAUCGUCGUAGUUUCGUAAAGGAUUCGGUUUUACGUUGUUCUUGAACGCGACACCCUCGCGAUUUCGCGUCGUUGAAUUAAUUAUUCCUUUCGAAUUAAUCGAACGUGAAUUAAUAGGUCAACGCAUUUCUUUCUCGCGUUUCCGAAUCGCUCGAGUUUAUACGCGCUAUAUCGAUGUGUCUCAGCACUUUUGAAGCACUUUCAGAAUCGAUUAAAAUAUUGCGUAUUUAUUGUGUAUCGUGACAAUUCAGUAAUGUUUCCGUAUGCGUGACUCAAGCGUGCAAUACCGUUAAACGUUAGAUCCCACUCAUCUUUCUCCCUCUCUCGCUCCUCUCAUUGUAAAUUAUAAUGAAAAUGCGAAAUAUGAAGCAGCCUUGACAAUAUCUAGGAUUUGUUACAAUUAUUAUCGCAUUGCAAUUAUAUUUAUUUUGUUUAUUCAUGGCGCAGAGUUUACGGGUACAUCUCGUCGAAUGUUAGAAGAGACAAUAUCGACAUAACUGGGUACUUAAUUGUCUCUUUGGGAACUUCCUUUUCGAGCUUUGUUGUCACGGGUUUAAAUUCUUGUCGAACGCUUAAUCAUUUGCCGCGAGAGUGAAGAGGACGAGUUGCGUUAUAUCGAUUCGAUUCCACUUGUGUGGUACAUGUGUAGAAAUUUUGAUUUUACUUUUAAGUAUACUAUAAUUAGGUAAUCACACGACGCGUCGUCGCGUGCAUGGCGACGCCGAAUUUCGACGACGAUCAUCGACAGAUGAGAUUUCCGGCGAUUUCGUCGGCGAAAAGAAGGAAGGGUUUAGAAUAAUCUAUCUCUUCUUCUCCGAGUCGAUCUCGGCGAAGCCGAAGCUCUCUCGGCGUCAUUGUACAUUGUCAUUAAGGAUAGCAUUAUUCCGUCACUAGACUCGGCUAGCCGAUAUUUUUUAUGUAUGUUACGAGACGUCAUUAGGCCAAUUCAAUUUGUAAAAGAAUAGUAUUUAUAUUAGCAAUAAACACAGAUAAAAAUUCAAUCUUCA